GAUGGCGUCCGAUGAAAAACGAGAAAAAAGAGGAAAGCAAACUGGACACAGGAUGAAUGUUUGAUUCUAGCCACCUUAGUAAAUGAAAAGAAGCACAUUCUGCGUUCCAAAUUAGGGCCUAACCUUACAUCUAAAAUGAAAAAAGACACUUGGGAGAGGGUGACGGAGCAACUCAACGUGUCGUCAAGCACGCCGAGGACCGUCGAAGAAGUGGAAAAAAAAUGGCAGAAUAUCUUGUCAACAGCCAAAUCUGAGAUUUCCUCUUACAGAAAGGAGGCAACUGCCACAGGCGGGGGACCUCCCUCAAAACCUCUCAGUGCUGUAGCAGAGACAGUACAAAUGGUAAUUGGGGAAACAAAUUCUAUAAUAAGUGGGAUAGAUGGAGGCAUUGACUCUUCAGAGGUUCUACAUCUUUUUACAGAUGAAAAUGUUUGUUCCAUUCAGUUUUUACAAGAAGCAAGUUCCAACAAUCAUCAGCAUGUAUCAUCAGCAUCAACUAGCAUUCUGCCACUAUCCCCUGGUUUGUUAUCACCAACUCCUACAUCGACUUCGCCAUUGCCUGUGGUGACACAAAAGUCACCUUUGUUGCCCCGCACAAUAGCACCAGUAAUGUCAAGAAAGCCAUCUCAAAGCAAGCAAGAUUUGAUUGAGGAGUUGACUGUAAAGAAGCUAAAAUUAGAGAUAGAAUAUUUCAAUUUGAAAGUAAAGGCCCUCCAACGUAAAUUGGAAGAGUGAGGAUUGAAAAUUUUGAAGUGACCUUUUACAAUAAAGGAGGAAUACCGAACCAAAAUGUUAUAUAAUGAAUC